AUGGCUACCGUCACUCCGACUGCCACCGCUCCAAGCGUGUCAAGCCGCAAUCAACGUACGAUAACCCGCUUAUCUACUCACAGUGCCGUUGCUGAUAUCGGAACAGCGAUCCUCGUCAUCUUGACCCCAUCUGAUGAUCCCAGCGACCGCCGUACGAUCAGCCUUCAGCCAGGAGCGGCCAUGGUCAUCGGCCGUGCAUCGAACACAGGCGGCAGGAACCUUGGUGCUUCACCAGCCAAUGCUCUCUUCCCACGCCCCGUCGUCUCACGCUCUCACGCCGAGCUCCGUGCACAUCCCCACCGGCCACUCAACCAACAAAUUACAAUCACUGACAGCGACUCUACGCAUGGCACAUAUGUCAAUGACACCCGCCUCGAUGCACACCGUCCGUGCGCUCUUCGCGAUGGCGACGAGAUUAAGCUGGGUGACCGUGUGUCACGUGGCGAUGAAACUCACAAUGCCGUUACCCUUCAUUACAGACGUGCCGGCAGUAUCAGUAAUCUUGUUCACUCUUCACACCCCCUCCUCUCGAAAGGCUUCCAGGUCCCGUCAGAGUCGGAAGACGAAUCUGAUCCAGCCAGCGACGCCGAGUCUGUGGUCAGUUUCGACGAAGAGGUGGAGGCAUCUGCCAACACAACGCCAGAGCAGCCUAAGAUGACGCUCGGCUCUCAGGAGAAGCCCAUUGAGCUCGACAGGCCAGCCGAAGUCAUCUAUCUCGACGAUGAUGAGGAGGAUGGCGAUAUCACAUUGGCUGAUAAUAACAUCGAAGCAGUCGGGGUCCAGCCGUCUGCCUCUAGCAGAGGCACGGGUCGUGGUGGGUCGAUCGAGCUGGGAGAGCCCGUCAUGCUUGCGGUCAAAGAUACCUACGACAGCGACGAAGGUGAAGUCGAGCAUAUCGACGAUCCUGACUACGACGAGGAGGCGGACAUUGUGUAUAUGAGCGAAGAGGAGGACUUCUCUGAUCGUGAGCAGGAGUCUGAUGUCGCUUCAGAAAUGAAUAACGGCCUCGAUGAAGAUCAUGAGGAGGACAUGGGACUCCACUACCACCCGCCAACACACACGCCUCUAUCGCAGAACGCGACCGACGCGAGUGUUGUGAAGGAGACUCUCUUCGUGAGUCCUCCUGCAGCUCGCCCCGCCACCACACUGAACGCUCACUCUCUUGGACAGGACGGACCGAACCUUCACAGCUUUCCGCAGUCGCACUCUCAGUCCGCCUUCGACCCCGUCCGCGGCGUUCACCUUCCAAACCCGGCUACUGCGUCUCAGCCUCGCGCACCCUCCAGCUACACGUAUGACAGCCUUCUUUCUCACAGCUUGCCGCGGAACUCGACAACUGACAUCCAUGGCAGCAGUCGAUGGGAUGUCCAGCCAGCGGUCUUGCUAUCAAACAAUCAAGUCAACCAAAUCAACAAUUCGCAGCCGUUUUACACUGCGCCGCCAGCACCUCAAGACUUCAGCUUUUCCGGCCAGUCUGUUCGACCAUCCAGCUUCGACUGGGCAUUCCCUGAAUCAGUGAAGGAGUCCAGCGGACCCUCGGCAGCACCAUCAGAGUUUAUCCAUCCCUCUUUCACCAGCCCUUCAUUCCCCUACGGGAACUGGACAUCAAACCCAGAGCCGGAGCGUCUCGACAAUUCCAGCUUUACGCCUCGCAGUCCCCGCAAGAAGAUAUCCAUACCUGACAUCACCCAACGUGCAGAGGAGGAGCGCUCGAACUUUGUGAUGCCACAGGCUCCCGUCAUGGAUGAGGCUACGUUUGACCUCGGUCUGCAGGUUCCAGCUCCUGCUGUUUCUUGCAAGGCCACUGCAGGUCGCAAGCGCAAGGCAGAGGAGACGUCCGACAUCGACUCUGAUGACGAUCAUGAGAUCGAAGUCCAGGACUCCAUUGACGGCCUCCAAGUUCUGGAGGUGAUGCUCGAGCGCGCGCAUGCUGAACAAGCUAUCAUCCAGGAGGCGCAGCCUGCUAGAGCGAGUAUCCACCCAGUGAGCCUCACCCGGCCAAAGCCUCGCCCGGCCAAGAAAGCGAGAGUUACCGGCGCGUUGAAUGUGGCAAAGAUGGUGAGCAAGUAUGCUGCCGUCGCUGGUGCGGGCGCAGGUGGUAUGGUGGCGUUCUUGGCCAGUCCGUACGCGCAGCAGGUACUCGAGUGGAUGGGUUGA